AUGGCUUCUGUUUUCGCGCAACCUGCCACGCCACCUGGUGAUACCAAAGAGCAAAUUGUUCAGGUUUAUGCGCUACAGGCUGGUCAUUUGACGCUGCCAGAACGGUUUUUCGUCAAUCCAGCCUCUGAUACGGCGAGAAAGACUGUCCCAUCGCUUGCGUUUCUGAUCCAACAUCAUAACACCGAGACGAAUGAGACAACACGGAUCUUGCUUGAUCUGGGUCUCAGGAGAAAUGUAGAGCGAUAUCCAGAGCCGAUCCAGAGACAUAUCGAUACCCGACAGCCACUCACAACAGAUCCGGAUGUCACAAAAAGCCUGGCAGCAGGCGGGCUGACUCCAGAUGACAUUGACUAUGUCAUAUAUUCCCAUGUACACUGGGAUCAUGUAGGCGAACCACGAGACUUCCAACGGAGUAGAUUUGUCGUUGGAAACGGGGCACUCGCUUUGCUCAGCGGCUCUUCUUCAUCACUGCGCGGAAGCCAUUCCUUUUUCGAGUCGGAUCUGCUACCCCAGGACCGGACAAUCGAGCUCAGAAAUCCUUACGAACGCGAUUCGCCCGAGCCGCAAAGCGAACCUGUGAAGAAGCCAGCGCCUGGAAAGGUCGAUUUCGAUCGAGCGUGGACUUCAUACGGCCAUCUCCCACGCGUGCUCGACAUAUUUGGAGACCUAUCUGUGCUCAUUGUAGAUGCACCAGGCCAUUUGCCUGGACAUAUUAAUAUCCUUGCUCGGACUGGACCGACAACAAAUGUGUACUUGGCUGGUGACGCCUGCCACGAUCGACGAAUUAUGCGCAAGGAAAGGGCGAUUGGCGAAUGGCACGAUGCGGAGGGUCAUAUUUGCUGCAUUCAUGGUGACAAGAAGAUGGCCGAGCAGACCAUUGACCGGAUCAGAGAGCUUGAGGUCAAUGGUGUGGAAGUGAUCUUUGCCCAUGAUGUUGAGUGGGAAGAGAACGAACGGAAUAAGGGGCGCUUCUUUGGCUCAAGCUAG